AGCGCGCUGCCCAGUCGCUUGCAGGCGUUCUCUCUAGUCGCAUGUCACUUUGUGCGCAGUGAGUGAUUGAAUAAACAGUACUGUAAUUAAAUAUACUGCAUUCAAUAUUUUAGUUAGUUACUGACAACAGUAUAUAGCUACAGGAAUUGAGUGAUUAAAUAACUAUUGUGUUUUGUGUUAAGACUGUUUACAUACAAGUGUUGCAGAGCCGGUUCGUAGUUGACCUGAAACUGUAAGCUCGGGUCGACUUUGAUUUCAUAAAUUAUAUCAGCCGGGCCAUAUUUACGCAAUCAUGAGGGACGAGCGAACCAGUCCUCCGCGCGUACGCAUCGCCGUCAUUGGCAGCUCCCGUGUUGGCAAGUCUGCUCUUAUCGUGCGAUAUCUAACAAGAAGAUACAUCGGGGAAUAUCAUUCAAAUACAGAUCUUCUGUACAGACAAACUGUGCCGAUAAAUGGAACACCAGUUGAAUUGGAAGUUAUAGACGUAUCUGGUUCCAACGUUGACAAAUUUCCAGCUGAACAGAUUCAAUGGGCAGACGCCUGUUUACUUGUUUAUUCCGUGACAGAUAGAAGCAGUUUUGAAUACGCCACAGAGAUAUUAAACACUUUGAAAAGAACACCUGUACACGGAAGCCCAGCGCAUACGACAACCGGAACACCGUCAGUGAUGCCGCUCGCUCUGUUGGGAAACAAGACAGAUUUGGAUCACCUCAGACAGGUGCCGAUAAAGGAAGGCCAAGCUGUAAGCGCCGCUCACGGCGCUUCGUUCAGCGAAGCGAGCGUGGCUGACAAUUCAGGGGAUCUCUACCGUUGUGUCGACCGCUUACUCGCUGAAGUACGCACUCCACAGCGCACGAGAAAGUUUUCAGUGACAAAAAUGCUCGGAUCACUAAUAGGUGGUGCGACGAAUAACAGUCAAAUAACCCGCGGGUCAGUCGUAGCUUGCCCGAGAGUGCCCGCCCCGUCGCGGCCUCCGCUAGCAGCCGCUGCGCCCUGACCGGCACCGGAGCCAGCACACCGCGCGCGCUGACGGCUCGCCGGUGCUGUGUGCCUAGUCUGCCUACCAGUGCCAUCGCGAUUUUCAUCACCACUGCCUACAAUUUAAUUUCCAAAUAUUGUGCCUCGAAAUAACUUAUAUUUCAAGAAAGGGUAUUUCUAGGCGUUUUCUAAGGUGAAUCACCUGGGCGAUAUUAUACGAGCAUCUUAGACAAUUUUAAUGCCCGUCAUGUAACUGAAUACUAUGCACAGUGGUUGAAGACAUUAAGACUAAGUGUUGGUGCAUUUUUUUAGCUUUAAAUGCCCGUUAUUUAAUUCUAAUAGGGUUAUUUUAUAAUUUUAAUCUGUGUAAAUAGUAGCGUUAUUAAUUACAAGUGAAAAGUUUUAAUGUUUAAUCGUGACAAUAAUCAUAAUAUCUUGGAGUCAUCGUGCAAGCAAAGAUACCUGAUAAAGCUACGUGCCAAAGAUCUUAAAAUGUAUACAUAAGUAUAUACCUACCAAAGCAUACAAACUAAGAAAAUACUUUUAAAUGGAUUCGUAUUAUUCGCUGUGUGAACUAUAUUUGAACCAAUAGAUCAAUUCUACUAUAUAAGAUAUUUAUAAAAAAAAUUAUAAGAAUUUAUAUCGUAUUUGCAACUGAAUUAAUCUUUAUAAACAUAAUGUUUAAUAUGGAAUGUAUUAUAUAUUCUUGGCCUAAGUAAUUAUUGAUGAUACGAUAUAAACUUUACAUAAACAUAAUAUUAUGUUGUUAUUCUUACACGACUUUUCUAUUUUUACACAGUAUUACUAUCUUAAGUCUUAGUCUGUAGAUUAGGAAUAACAUAUUAAUAUGUGCAACCUUAAUGAAAACGUCAAAAAAAAAGAAAAAUAAUUAACUCUCGUAAAUAAAAGGCUGUUUUGUAUAAAAUUUAUAAAACUCUCACAAUAAGUUUAAUUUUGCAUAUUGCUUAAUAUGCAAGUAUGUACAUACAAUACGAAACAAUACAUACAAUUAUAACUAAGGUGGGAGAUGUACAAUUGCCUUCUGAGAGUUACAAGAAUCAUUUCUUAGCUUCUCUCAACAAGAUUUGACAUUCCUAAUGUUAAAGGAAUAAAUCCUUAAAGUAGAUCGCCUACAAUUGUGAAAAUUUGGGAGCAUUAUGGUUUUUCAUAGAUAUGCUCGUAUAAAUUAUGUGAACCUUGUUUUGUAUUAUAUAUAAAUUUCAAAAGAUAAAAUUACGAAUAAUAUAAAGAUUGUUAUUCAAAUAGUUUCCAUGUGAAAGUUUUAAAGCAUUGUAAAUAAAAUAUCUGACGUUUUAAAUUAAGAAUGACCAAAUGAAAUAUAUUAAAUAAUCUUAUCAAAUAUUUGUACACAAAAAAAUCUAUGGAUUGUUGUAUUUAUUUAAAGAAAAUAGUCAUUGUCUAGUCAUUAGGUAUAGGCUGUGAAAAGACAUAGAACGGAAUACGCAUAAUCAUACUUAUGUAAAAAGUAUAUAAUUAACAUUUAUAUGUUAAAGUAAAGGAUGUGGGCUUUAAAAAAAUUAUAUAGCUUUUUAAAAUUGGGAAGAUUUAUUUUUGUCAUAAGGUUACAAAAUCUGUCAAUAAAAAAAACUUGACCAAUAAAAGCCCAGAGUAAAAAAUAUUAAAUAGUAAAUGAUGUAAAUGUCAAAGAGAUAUUUCAAUAAAUACGCCAAAGUAACAAAAUAUUAAAUGUUAUUGUUUAUGGACAACGAUAGCUGAAUUAUAAGUAUGCUGAUAAUUACAUUUUCAUUAUAAUUUUGAUGCGUCGAAAUGAUAUUAGUUAGAAAUGAACUACGAGGAAAAAUAUAUAAUGUAAUUGAUAGAAAAGUAAGAAAUCGGAACUGACUGGAAUAAGUUGUAAAUAAAUUGUAUAUUAAGAAAUAAAUGUUUAAUAAAUAUA